CUUCUCUCGAACUGCAUGUGUAGCUAUUCAACGUUAGUUAUGCCGCAAGAGGAUCAAGUACUGGAUCUGAAGCCAGACCGCGCAUCUCGCAUGAGAGAAAACAAGCGCCGGCAUCGUGCACGGAAGCGGGAGUAUCUCUCUGACCUGGAGCAAAAGCUCGCCCAAGUCCGGGAACAAGGUGUCCAGGCGACAAAAGAAGUUCAGCUUGCGGCUCAGAAGGUGUCGCGGGAGAAUGCGAGGCUGAGGGAGCUACUACGACAGGUCGGUGUAGCCGACCAUAUUGUCGAUGAUUGGGCGAAAGGACAUACUACAAACAGUCUUAACAAUCGCCCGAGUCCCGUUCCUACACAGACUGUGCCGAUAGCCAUUAAAUGUCACAGCAAGCAGAAUACUUGGUCUGGGGACCAGACUAGUGUCAACUCUGACAAGCCCGCGGCAAUAUCUCUAACUACCCCCGAUGAAUCACCUGCUCCUCAGAUUGUUGGCACAGCAAGUGAUUCUGGAGUCGAACUCAUCGACGAGCCCGAUCAAUCACCACUCCCACUCCCACUCCCACCACCGCCGCAAGCCCAAAAAUCAUGCAAGGGGACAUGUCCAACGAAGAAAUCGUCGCACAGUCAGCCCGUCGAUGCCAAGGAAGCACCAUGCAAGCUCCUCACCCGACUAGCGGAGAAUCCUGAGGUAGACAUCACCCAAAUUCCACUUCCCUCUUUUACCAACGACAUUCCCGAAGUAGACGAAGUGGGAGUUGAAUGCGGGAGGGCGUAUCAGAUGUGCAUGCAAUACGCAAAGACGGAGCAAGAAAUGGAUGAAAUAGUGGUAGCGCUUGAGAAGGGCUGCACUCCGUUAGCAGAAGGUGGAUGUCGAGUGAGGAACGACGUGGUCUGGGGGGUUCUAGAUCGGGGGUGCGGUUGA